AUGGAGUCGCAUUCGAACGAUCCGCCAGUGCAGGACCAGGGCUCUUCCCCAGACCUUGUUCUCGUCGUCUUCAUCCAUGGUUUUAAAGGAACAGACUCUACGUUCGCUGCAUUCCCCGAACGACUUCAGCACAUCCUCUCAGAAACAAUCCAGAAUGUGCUCGUCGAAUGUGUAGUGUUCCCCGCAUAUGAAACUAAGGGCGACCUGUCAGAGGCGGUCAUUCGGUUCGCAGAUUGGCUCACUACUCUCACUGUGCAACGUGAAGUUGCCAACGGCUUGGGAGGAGGAGCAGGAAAGGCCAGCAUUGUCCUGUGCGGGCAUAGCAUGGGCGGCUUGCUUGCGGCAGAUGCUGUGAUUGAAUUUGUUCAAACACGCCCAGACCAGUCCGCGCCCCUCUGGCCAAGGAUAGUUUCUUGUAUUGCUCUCGAUACCCCUUACCUUGGUCUUCACCCGCACGUCUUCAAGAACAGCGCUACACAAGUCGUCUCUUACGCCCAGAGCGCCCGUAGCGCCUUCUCCAGCUUUCAAUCAUUUGCCUCGAAACAGACGACCACUACCGCAACUAGAGCCGCGAUCGGUCCAGAAUCUUCCGGAGCCUCAGCCUCGGUAUCUGCCUGGCAGAAAUGGGCCCCUGCGGCGUAUGCAGUGGGCGGGGCCGUGAUUGCUGGAGCUGCCGCUGGGGCUGCUUAUUACAAGCGCGAUGACCUUGGUGCAGGAUACAAGUGGGCUACGGACCACAUGAAGUACGUGGGCAAUUUAUGGGAUGAACACACAUUGCACAAGCGUCUGGAGAGACUACUGGCAAUCGAAGAGCAGAUGGGAGUACUCUUCAAAACGUUUUACACGCUUCUCCCACCGAAACCACCGUCGUAUCCGUCGUCGCGCACGUUCAUCGUCGUACCCCGAGAACCGCCGCAACUGGUGCAGCACUUCUCGCAAGCCGCUAAUACGAUCGCGGCAGAUGAAAUACAGGCCCAUACCGGCAUGUUCGAUUCCAAGACUAAUGACGGUUAUUACGAGUUGGGACUUGUAAUCGCACAGGUUAUACAAGACGCUGUUGCGAUUAGUAGAAGAGCUGUGAGCGGAGGUGGCGAGGUGGAAACGCAGUCCGAAGGGAAUACCACAGGAGCGAUGGACGAUAAGGCUACCGAACUCCCAUCUGUCAAUGUUUCCUCGGAUGACACAGAAGAUCUCCUGCUGUAG